GCAAAUCCAGCCAGAGACUGAUUCUGAGCAGCAGUUCUGCCUGGCACUGACUCACUGGCCCUGCCAUGCCCGCGCCACCGUUCCCACUGCUGCUUCGAUUGCUGCUGUCCCGUCUGCUGCUGCCUGUCGCCCGCCUGGCCCGCCAGUACCUCCUGCCCCUGCUGCGCCGAUUGGCCCGCCGCCUGGGCUCCCAGGACAUGCGAGAGGCUUUGCUGGGCUGUCUGCUGUUCAUUCUCAGCCAGCGACACUCGCCAGACGCUGGGGAGGCCUCAAGAGUGGACCGCCUGGAGAGGAGGGAGAGGUUAGGCCCCCAGAAGUGAGGCCACGAGUCCUGGCAGCAGCUGAAUCCACAAAAUGCUUUCUUCUGGAGUAGGAUAAUCCUGGCACCAGCACUGACCGAAGCCUGCCCAGUGGACAGAAGAUAUAGUGAGGGUUGUGCAUGAGAUGGAUCUGCCACAGACAUGCCUCUCCACUCCCAACAGAAAUGUCUUUCUGGAAGAAUGCCUUGCAUCUAGCAUGAAAUCGAUCAUUGCCCCUCUGUCCUCCAGGAGUUCCUCCCAAAGACCACUCCUAAUCACCUCUGGCCUCAGGUGGGAGGGGAACUAACACCCACCCACCCCUGCUGUCCCUGCAAAUGAGAACAUCAAGGUUCCCAAUGCUUAACUGAGGGACAAGUGACAAUUUAGCAGAGAGGAAAGAUUUGAAUCCAGACUGUCUUCCAGACUCAGGACCUACCUUAAAAUAAUAUCUGAGUUCCCUAUGGAGGCAGACCUGCCUGCACAGCCCAGCACUCAGCAAGUGCUCAAUAAAUAUUUGAUUUGAAUUAUU